GUGUAUGACAGGCCACAAAAACAUUCUGCUCUGCACUAUGAUCCAGGCCUCCAACAAGACUUCACCGGUGACACCUUAAAAUCAAAGCACCAGCAGAAAAGUAGCAACCAGCACCAUCUUGACUGGUCAGCGAGCUCUGAUACUGGAUCCACUUCUCAAAGUUGCUUCAUCAACACAGAGCCCAGUCGAGAAGCAGUUAGUGCCACCAAGGUUCCUGCUCCGGAGCCAGGUGUUUCCUUCAGCAAAUCCCAAGCAAAGAAGUCCUGUGCCAGCAGCACGUGGGGACAACUGUCGGCCAGUAGUAAAGAGCUUGCCGUUUGCAGUGCAGUCUCAUCACCCAACAACAUCAACGUGGCCACCCAGCCAAACAGCGCCUCUGAUUGCAAUGGGCUUUUGCCUCUUGGUGAUCAAGAGGGAGGUGUGCAGCUGGAGGCCCCUGAUCAGCCCACUGGGAGUACAAAGAAGAAGUCCAGCAAAAAGGACUUGAUAAGUCAAACCAUCCAAACCACAGACAUCGAAUGGGUGAAGAGUGCUCAGAAAGCAUUUGACAGCAAAUCCCAUGACAGCAUGGAAGGAAAAAAGGAGUCUUACUCAAUGGACAGCGUGUUGGAUACAUCACCCUUGAAGCAGAAUCCCACUUCUGCUGGAAGUUGUGAAAGUGACACCAGUCACGUACGAAUUACUAUCCCAAUAAAGUCUCCGACAAUGGAUACAUCUGGCCACAAAAGGAAAAAAAGGCAAUCCACGAAAUCUUCCCUAGAGAAAACUCUCCAGGAGAAAAACCUGCCUUCUGGACUUGCUAUGAGCAGUGAAGUAGUAAACAGGACUAGCUCUCAGCCAGAUGGGAGUAAAAAAGAUCUUCGAGCCACCAAGCCAGGGAAAGUGAUUGAAAAUGAGUCCCCUUUAGUAGCUAUUGACAGCGGUAUGCUCACUGACAAAACUUCCCCCAACAGUGCCACCAGACUCAGAAAACCUAUAGCUGUGACAUCCACUCUCCUACCCACUGAUCUUUCCACAGCUGGCAAAUUAUCUGACAUCCAGCACCCCAAACAUGCAGCUAAGCGGCGAUGGACCUGCAGCAAACCUAAAUCUAUCCUUCGGGAGACCUCCAUGACAACAUCUGAGAAGUUGAUGGUAGAGCCUCCUUCAGCCUAUCCCAUCACGCCAUCCAGCCCUCUAUAUACCAAUACAGACAGUCUUACUGUGAUCACACCUGUCAAGAAAAAAAGAGGACGACCAAAGAAACAGCCUUUGCUCACUGUUGAAACCAUUCAUGAGGGAACCUCCACCAGCCCAGUGAGUCCAAUUAAUCGUGAAUUUCCAGGAACAAAGAAAAGGAAGAGGAGACGGAAUCUGGCCAAGUUGGCUCAGAUGGUCCCAGGAGAGGACAAGUCCAUCAGUGAACUAAAGUUUCACAAGAAGGUCGGAAAGCUCGGGGUCUUGGAUAAGAAGACCAUCAAGACCAUUAAUAAAAUGAAGACCCUCAAGAGGAAGAAUAUUCUCAAUCAGAUCUUGUCCUCCUGCUCCAGCAGCAUAGCUCUGAAAGCAAAGAUCCAGCCACCGUGUAGUGCUGGGCCAACCACCAUUGAUGCCAGACUAGGGAAGCAGAUCAAUGUCAGCAAGAGGGGAACUAUCUACAUUGGUAAAAAGCGGGGCAGAAAGCCAAGAGCAGAGCUGCAGCCUCAGCCAGAAGAACCUAAGACAGCCAUCAAGCACUCAAGGCCUGUUUCCAGCCAGCCAGAAAACCCAACAGUGCCUUCCAACCUGCAGUCACUUGUGGCAUCGUCACCAGCAGCUAUUCAUCCACUUUCAACACAGUUAGUGGGGACUAAUGGCAACCUGAGCCCUGCAAGCACUGAAACAAAUUUUUCAGAGCUAAAAACUAUGCCAAAUCUUCAACCUAUCAGUGCUCUUCCUACAAAAACCCAGAAAGGAAUGCACAGUGGAACUUGGAAGCUGUCUCCACCCAGGUUAAUGGCUAAUUCACCUUCUCACCUCUGUGAAAUAGGUUCUCUGAAAGAAGUCACGCUGUCGCCAGUGAGCGAGUCUCACAGUGAGGAAACAAUUCCAAGCGACAGUGGGAUAGGUACAGACAACAACAGCACUUCUGACCAAGCUGAGAAAAGCUCAGAAUCCCGCCGGAGAUACUCCUUUGAUUUCUGCACCCUGGACAAUCCAGAGGCUAUCCCAUCUGACACCAGCACAAAGAACAGGCAUGGUCACCGGCAGAAACAUCUCAUUGUGGAUAACUUUCUCUCUCAUGAGAGUAUUAAAAAGCCAAAGCACAAGAGGAAAAGGAAAAGCCUGCAGAACAGAGAUGACCUCCAGUUUCUGGCAGACCUUGAGGAACUCAUCAAUAAGUUUCAAGUGUUCAGGAUUUCCCAUAGAAGUUACACAUUUUAUCAUGAAAAUCCAUAUCCCAGCAUCUUCAGGAUUAAUUUUGAUCACUACUAUCCUGUGCCAUAUAUCCAGUAUGACCCAUUGCUCUAUCUUCGCAGGACCUCUGACAUGAAGUCUAAGAAGAAGCGUGGUAGACCUGCCAAAACCAAUGACACCAUGACAAAGGUGCCUUUUUUACAAGGGUUCGGUUACCCUAUUCCCAGUGGGAGUUACUAUGCACCCUAUGGAAUGCCUUACACAUCAAUGCCUAUGAUGAAUCUUGGUUACUAUGGUCAGUAUCCAGCUCCUUUGUACCUGUCUCACACGCUUGGAGCGGCUUCCCCAUUUAUGAGACCUACCGUGCCCCCACCACAAUUCCAUGCAAGCUCUCACAUGAAAAUGUCCACCACUGCCAAGCAUAAAGCGAAACACGGAGUGCACCUACAAACAUCUGUGGGAAUGGGCCUUGGAGACAUGCAGUCCUCUUUGGCUUCUCCAAAGGUUGGAGGAACAAGCCUUUCAAGUGGCCGACUUCACAAAAGAAAACACAAACAUAAGCACAAGCAUAAGGACGAACGGAUACUGGGGACACAUGAAGAUCUGAGUGGUCUCUUUGCUGGCAAGUCCACUGGCUUCUCCAGCCAUGUGAUCAAUGAAAGGCUAAGUGGCUCAGAUAAAGACCUCUCCUUGCUCAACGAGAAAAGCAAGCACAAGGAGAAGCAGAAGCACCAGCAUUGUGAAACCGGACACAAAGGCUCAAAGAGUAACUUCGAAGUUGAUACGCUGUCUACGUUAUCACUUUCUGAUGCCCAGCAGUGGACACAGAGUAAAGAUAAAAGCGACUCAAGCAACGAUCCCAUUGACUCUUGCACAAAGAGGUACUCUGGUAAUACCGAGAGUAAUGGAAGGUCAGAGGCCCUGGACGUGUUUGGUGAAAUGAAUUCCUCGAGUGAGAAGCGGGAUGAUGCAAGUGGGAAUAAAAGAAGAAGCUUUGAAGGAUUUGGAACUUACAGGGAAAAGGAGAUUCAGCCCUUCAGGACAAAUAGGAAGGACAGAAGUACUUAUGAUUCUUCAGCCUCUUCAG